AUGCAUUCAGGGGAUACAAUUCAAUGCACUGUAAAAGACAUAUUUGUUCCUAUCUUCGAGGGCUUACUCGCUGAGGGCAAUGUGUACGUGGUCACUAAUUUUGGAGUUGCUUUGAAUACCAUCAAGUUCAAGCCUACUAGACAUGAAUUUAGAAUCCACUUCAAGAGGGACACGAUUGUGCGUCCAGUACAAGAUUCUUCGUUUCCAUUGAACGGAUUCAAUUUUGUUCCGUUCAAAACAAUUCAAUCAGAGUCUAGAGAAGAUGGUUAUUUAGUUGAUGUGAUAGGUCAGCUUGCCUCUAAGGGUAACUUGGUCGAAUUCACCCGGGACGGGAAGCCGUCAAGUUAUAUCACCAUAGAACUUGAUGAUCUUGAGGGUGGACAGAAAUUAAGGGUAACAUUGUGGCAGUCUUUUGCUUUUGAUUUGCUCAAAUAUCUGGAGGAACACCCGUGUCUUACCUAUGUGGUUAUUCUCCAAAUGGGGGUGAUGGGUGUUUUCAACACAAACUACAAUUCGAAACUGUUUAUCAAUGUUGAGUUUCCAGCUGCCAGGGAUUUCUUUGCGAGGGUGAACAAAUUAGAUCCUGUUGAUGGACAAGGCAUAAUGUCGCUGGUCUGUGAUCAACCUGUUUCAGUUGAAGAAGAUUUUUUGCGUCUGUCAGUCUACAAAACAAUUGCCGAGAUAAAGGAGCAUAAUCAGGAUGCUGUAUCUGUUACAGCAGGGACGAUUAAAGAAGUUGAGAUCGAGUUUGGUUGGUGGUACAAAGGAUGUAAGAAGUGUCGUCGUGGCUUAAGGGAAAUUGAGAAAAGAUAUUUCUGUCCCAAUUGCAUUAGAGACUACGAGUUCUAUGAGCCAAGUGUGUUGUUCUUGGAUUGUAUAUUUUCUGGUGAAUAA